CCUACCCACCUCCCCAAUUAAACCCUCUCGCCCCUUCUUUAGAUCUAAUCUACCCUCUCUCUCUCUGUUCUUCUUCUCUCCCAAUCCCUAGAUUACGAUCGUUCCUAUCCCAGAUCUAUACAUCUCCGCCUGAAUUCAUGGAAUCUGAUUACUUUCUUUACGAUUCCAUCAUCCCUGAGACGGAAUUUCAGGACAUUGGAGUUGAGGACGAGGUGAUUCACCUAUCUUCCACCUCUGACGCGAAGGAGGAGGACGAGGUCAUCGUCAUCCACAGUGAUGACGAUGAUGCCGGUGUUGCCCCGGUCAGAGACAAGAACGUGGUUAUCGUCCUUGAAUCUGAGGAAGAUUCUCUUAUUGGGAGCGAGGAAGAUGGCAGUUUUGAGGAUGUAGAGGGCUUUGCACGACAGGUGUGGACAACCUCUAUCUUGGGCUGGUACAUGCCCCAUGUCAAUGAUUUCGUUGCUUGGCUAGAGAAGAUUUUCAACCUCUUCAACCAGAGAGAUCAAGCAUUAGUGUUUCACAUAUUGUGCUCAAUAUGGAAGACCCGAAAUGACAGAGUUUGGCGGGGUAAAAACUCGACCCCAAUAGGUACGUGGCUAAAAGCUAAAGCUCAUUUUGAGGAGUGGUGGUCGUUAGCUCCGCCAAUGGCAGGAACGCCAGUGGGGGUCACAGGAAGUUCAUGGUCAAGACCACGUGAUGGAUUUGUGAAAGUUAAUAUUGAUGCAUCCACAGGCUUGGUUGAUGAUAUGAUGGGAGUGGGUUUCAUCACUCGCAACGACCUUGGAGUAUUUUUGGCGGCUAAGAAUAAAUCUUUUAGGGGCAGCUACGGUCCUAGGGAGGCAGAGGCGGUGGCAGUUAAGGAGGCCCUUAGUUGGAUCAAAUCAAAAGGUUGGAUGCAGGCGAGGUUCCGGAUUGUAGGCGAGGUUCAACCCACCCACUGAGUUCAGAUGGUGAACCCUAAAUAGAUCCCUCAAAAUAACGCGCAUGAGGGCGAGCUCUGAUUCCUCAAAGAUGGAAGAUUCAGGCUGCCAUUGUUCUAGGUCAGAGAAUUUGGAAGACAUACUAGAGAAAUCUAGAAAGAAAGCUGGGAAUUACAAAAAGAGAUCUCUCUAAGAUUAAGUUAAGAAUAAAGCAGAAAUGCAAGG